AUGACGGCGAUUCAAUGUUAUUGUGGUCUCUACAUCACCUCGGAAUUCCUGCUCAGGCCGGUCUGGUGUAUUCAACGUGGUAUCCGUGCUGAAAAUCAACAAAAGAUCAACACCAAACAUUCACUUGUAUUGGUUAAUCGACUUAGACAACGAAUUCAACAAUUACAAGUAGGUGAUUCUAUCGUCAUACGAAGUGUAACCGAUCCAAACAAGUUCGAAGACAGUAAAAUAUAUGGGCUGGAGGGCGAUUUCAUACGUGUUAAUGAUCCUAAUUUACCUGAAACUGAAGUUAAAUUUGUACCUCCUGGACAUGUUUGGUUACAAAGCGAUGAAGGCACGUAUGAUUCUAGAUCCUAUGGACCUGUUCCUCGUGGUCUAAUUAUUGGCCAUAAAUUUUAUAAGAUAAACGUUAAUUAA